GGGAAGUGGGCGUGGCCACCGGAACUGGGUAGGAAGCUGGGGCCGGCUGCGGGGAGACCAGCUCGUGGUACUCGGAGCUCCCGGACCUCAUAGCUCCUCGCUUGCCCUCUGUGUUUGCAGCACCCUGUGCUUCUUUCCCGGGCGGGGACAUCCGUUGGCGCGAGUCACCAUGUCUAUCCUCAAGGUCCAUGCCAGAGAGAUAUUCGACUCUCGUGGGAAUCCCACUGUUGAGGUGGACCUCUACACCAGCAAAGGUCUCUUCAGAGCUGCUGUGCCCAGUGGUGCCUCAACUGGCAUCUACGAGGCCCUGGAGCUCCGGGACAAUGAUAAGACUCGCUACAUGGGGAAAGGCGUCUCCAGACCUGUUAAGUAUAUUAAUGAGUUCCUGGCACCAGCCUUGUGCACACAGAAGCUGAGUGUCGUGGAACAGGAGAAGAUUGACAAACUGAUGAUUGAGAUGGACGGGACGGAAAAUAAAUCUAAGUUUGGUGCGAAUGCCAUUCUGGGUGUGUCGCUGGCUGUCUGCAAGGCUGGAGCUGUUGAGAAGGGGGUACCCCUCUACCGCCAUAUCGCUGACUUGGCUGGCAAUUCCGAGGUCAUCCUGCCAGUUCCAGCUUUCAAUGUCAUCAACGGUGGUUCUCACGCUGGCAACAAGCUGGCCAUGCAGGAGUUCAUGAUCCUGCCUGUUGGUGCAGCGAACUUUAGGGAAGCCAUGCGCAUUGGAGCAGAGGUUUACCAUAACCUGAAGAAUGUCAUCAAGGAGAAAUACGGAAAAGAUGCCACCAAUGUGGGGGAUGAAGGCGGGUUUGCACCCAACAUCCUGGAAAAUAAAGAAGCCCUGGAGCUGCUGAAGAAUGCCAUCGGGAAAGCUGGCUACACCGAUAAGGUUGUCAUUGGCAUGGAUGUCGCUGCCUCUGAAUUCUUCAGGUCAGGGAAGUAUGACCUGGACUUCAAGUCCCCUGAUGACCCCAGGAGGUACAUCACACCUGAUGAGCUGGGCAACCUGUACAAGUCCUUCAUCAAGGACUACCCAGUGGUGUCUAUUGAAGACCCCUUCGACCAGGAUGACUGGGAGGCCUGGCAGAAGUUCACUGCCAGUGCAGGGAUCCAGGUGGUGGGCGAUGAUCUCACGGUGACCAACCCGAAGAGGAUUUCCAAAGCUGUGGGCGAGAAGUCGUGCAACUGCCUCCUGCUCAAAGUGAACCAGAUCGGCUCUGUGACCGAGUCUCUCCAGGCGUGUAAGCUGGCCCAGUCCAACGGGUGGGGCGUCAUGGUGUCGCAUCGCUCCGGGGAGACCGAAGACACCUUCAUCGCCGACCUGGUGGUGGGGCUGUGCACUGGGCAGAUCAAGACAGGUGCACCUUGCCGAUCCGAGCGCUUGGCCAAGUACAACCAGAUCCUCAGAAUUGAAGAGGAGCUGGGCAGCAAGGCUAAGUUUGCCGGCAGGAGCUUCAGAAACCCGCUUGCCAAGUGAGCUCUGGGCAGUGAGCCCCUGAGCCCUGCAGUCCCUAGUUGGCCUAUUAGACCUGUGCUCCUGAUGUCCACGUGGGCAGCUUGAGGCCCCCAACCGAUCCUCUCGGGCCUCCAGUAGUUGUUGGCCCGCCCCCUCCCUGUGACCUCACUGCUUCCUUAGAACUGCUGCAGAAGCCACGCUCGACUGCCGGAAACCCUAGCUCUGUAAUCAUGUGAUUGGCCCAGAGCAUUAUUCCCCACCUUGCUUCCCACCAAGUGUCCAGGGCCGUGUGUCUCGCGCUGUUAUCUCCAAGGUGUCCACAGGCAAGGUCCCCAGUGGUUUUUGUGUGCAAAAUAAAAAGGCCUCAAUGAUCCGUAGGAA